AAUCGAUCAUAUCCAAAGAAUGGAUACUACUUGGGAAAAUCUAUUAGAUCAAGCUACUGACAUUGGAAAUUCGGUAAAUGUCGGAACACCUCAUGGUUCUUCUAACAACCCAUCGAUCGUGUCGGUUUUAUCGCAUGAUCAUGUUCAGUGCACCUUUCGGCCUUGGACGAUGAUCGCCUUGUUCAGUCUGCAUUGGAUCGCAUCCUGGGUGCUCUUCACCGUCGGGGUUGUUAUGAUCUUGAAACCCUUGAGCGCCGAUAGCCCUUGCCAGGUCUUCUACGUGUUGGUAUACCUCCGGGCUGGUUUCUGGUUCGGAACGUACAUGCUCAACGAGAAAAUUAAAGAUCCCUGUAGAAAGUUGAUCGAUAACAACUACCUACUGUAUCGGAACAUGACUUCCUACCGGAAGGCCCCUCUGCAGAUCGUUUCCUUCUGGAACACGGCGCUGAUCGCGGUCAACGGCUACGCUAAAGAUCUCUUCGAGCAAAACGGGAUGGAAAGUUCCGGCAAUUGUCAACCGAUUGAUCACGACCUGGUGAAGGCUUUGAACUCUCCUCAGUUGAUGAUCGUGAUCUUCUGCGGGAUCGAAAGCAUCGCCUUAAGCUGUUUCUAUGUAGUAGCCAUGGUUCGAUUAGUUGGAACACUGCGCAUCUCUUCGCAGCAGUACGUACUGCUUCGGAACGACCUAUCCUUGGAUCAGAUAUUGAAACAGCAGGCAGAACAAAUUAAGCUACUUCAAAGGGAAUCCGAGAGACUGGAAAAGCAAGCUGCGGAAAUUGGGGUUUCAGCGGAUGAUUGAAUUCUUCUAAAUCAAUUUAAUUAAUUAAUCAGUGUAUGCAUGCGUACGGAUAUGUUGUUUAGAUAAUUACACACACACAUAUUUAACUUACUCUAUUUACAUAAUGCAUUCUACUAUUUAUUGUUCGAAAACAAAACAACGAUUUCCUCUCCCUCCAGAUACUAAACUGUGUAAAAUGUUAUCCGAGCUCUUCAAACCAAAA